AUGAGGUGUUCGGCAAAGUCACGAGAGCCAACAGCGCGGCCAAGACUCGAACCUCCGCCCGGUCUAGUUCGGUGGGAGGGCGCGCUUUUCCUGACGUAUUUCAUGACAAGUUUAGGCGAGAGUUUGAGUAAAGACAGAGGUCUCCUCCUCAGAGAACACGCCUCCUUCCAGCUGCUCAAAACCCUGGUUAGCGAGCAGCGCAGGCUAUUAGCGGAAACCGAGGACCUCGUAACCUGGGUCCAGGAGCUGGGCUGGUUAGCGGAGGUGGUUAAGGAGCGCGGAGGGGUGUUCGAAGAGGCAGUUAACGUGGGUUUGAGAGACGCGGUUACGCCGCUAGGCCGCCGCGCAAUUUCAGCCCCGAACUACAGGGAAAUGGUAGAAUCGUAUCUGGCCGUUUGGGACGAACACACAUUGCUGGCCGAGAUUCAGGUCCUGCCUGAGGUGCCCAUGGGUCCAGGCUUGAGUCAGCUGCUCAAUGACAAGGAGAAAGGCAUAAUGAUCCCGGCAGACGUCAGCCGUCUCUUUCUCACCGAUGACUUCCUGACCCUAAGACGCGUAACCCACUCACUCGCUUUCGUCUCCCUCUCCGCUUCUAUUCUUAAAUCAAUCAAGGAAACGGUAGAAGGUAUCGAAAAGGCAGCGUCGAAUCCGCAAGAGUGUCACGAAAGUGUAUUGACCCUUCUACGCGACAUCGAAGCGAUGGGCGGACCGCUAGCAGCCAGACUUCGGUACAACUUGCCAGGAGAUCUGCACAAGAACGACGACGGCGCGUGCUUCUUAUUCACCGAGAACGAGUAUGGGGAGAACAUGGUGGCUGCGGCUCACGAUCUAAAAUGCACUGUGGACAUGAUGCUCGAAUGUGUUGCAAAAGUGGACGAACCAAUCGGCAAUUCAAGAGACGCAACUGAGUGGGACGUGCUCGCCGCUACCGGUGCCUUUUCAGGGGUCCAGAUCACAGCCGCUCCACCAACUCUCGAGGAAACAAUUGAACAGAACGAAGUUGUCUUUAUACCGAAGGGUCCAAUUCCUUAUAGGGAUAAACAAGACAAGCCACCCUGGGCGGACUUCCGUCCCGAAGCCCAUUUGAAGGUCCCGGUACUGCUGGCCAGCGACCGCGGCUGGAGCGAAGAACACGACCUCAAGGGAGAGACACCUUGGGGGGAGGAACCGACGCUCGUUCCGCAGGCAUGCGGACUGGGGAGUAUCGAUACCGACUUCGGAGUAGCAUUCGUCUCUAUUCCGAACGAGAGCAAGCUAAAGAAAGACUCUGACGCCAUGCACAUUACCGAGUUCUGGCGGCUGCGGAAGCGGCAAUUCCUGGAGCUUUACUCAGCAUGGAGCGCCGGUAUGGACGACCCGGGCGCAAUGUUUUGCCCGGGUUUCGCCCUGCUGAGGCUAUUCUUCGUGCAGCUGUUCCUCUUCAGGCCGAGCGGAAUCCGCUCGGGUGGGCCGGGGGUAAUCGUGGGCUGGCCUUCAGAGGGCUCCCUGGGGCUAGGGGCUUGGUUUUCUGACAAAGAGAGCGUUCAGCGUCUUUCCCACAACCUGAAGGUAAUCCUGAGAGACAUUUUCCAGUUCGCCCCCACAGCUAAGCCCGUCAACCUAGUUGCCCACGGUUUGGGCGCCUCUUACGUCACGAGCACUCUAGCAACCUCCUACAGAGAAUUCGAAACCCGUUACUUGGGCACACUCAUCGUCGCGGCAUCCGCUGAAAGUGCCGGGAGCUUGGAAAUGUGGCUGAGACGGUUCAACGAGAAGCGGGGGAAAAACGGGGAGCCCCCGGUGGAGUGCGUUCGCUACGUCCAGACGAACAACCGGCCGUUUGCGUUUGAGAAGCUGCUGGAGUUUAGUGAUCGCGCGAAAGAUGGCGAGAGUUUGGAGGUGUGCUGCGGUGAUUACGUCACGAUCAGCUGCGGGAGUGGAUAUGGUGACGUGACGAACCAGAAUCUUCUGUGUAGGAACCGUCGAGUUCUGGCCGAGAGUGAACAGACUCUACGGAAGUCGGGCGAGCAGUGGAAGAAGAGAAAGGUGGUGGAGGGUUACGAGAAUCUGUAUGAGCUAGAAGAGUAG